AUGAAGGAGCUUGGCUUUGUUAAUUACUUCUUGGGUAUAUCUGUCAUAAAAAAUGCUUCUGGUUAUGUGCUUUCUCAGCAAAAAUAUGCCUCAGAUUUAUUGACCAAGGCUGGUAUGAGUGACUGCAAAUCUUACUCUUCUCCCAUGGCUACUAAGUCUUCUUCCAGUGCUCUUACUGCAGCAGAAGAUUCUCUCUUUUCUCAGCCAGCUUUGUACCGCAGUUUGGUUGGAGCCCUGCAAUAUCUUACUCUUACUAGACCAGAUUUAGCCUUUGUGGUUAAUCAUCUUUGUCAAUUCAUGCACUAUCCUCUGACUAGCCAUUUUACCUCAGUCAAAAGAUUGCUAAGAUAUCUCAAAGGCACCUUAUCUUAUGGCAUUCAUUUCACUUCUGGUCCUCUUCUUCUCAAUGCAUAUUCAGAUUCAGAUUGGGCAGGUAAUAUCCUUGAUCGCAGGUCCACCACUGGUUACUGUAUCUAUCUUGGUCCUAAUCUUAUCUCUUGGUCUGCCAAGAAGCAACCAACUGUGUCUCGAUCAUCUUCGGAGGCUGAAUAUAGAGCUUUAGCCCAAACCUCGGCUGAACUUAGUUGGAUUAGAAUGUUGCUUGCUAACCUUCAUAUUUCUGUUCCUGUGCCUACCCUAUGGUGUGACAACUUAUCUGCCAUAGCUAUGAGUAACAAUCCUGUGUUUCAUGCUCGUACUAAACACAUUGAGGUGGAUUAUCAUUUUGUUCGCGAAAGGGUUGCAUCCAAGAAGCUUCAUAUCUGUCAUAUUCCCACUUCAGAUCAAGUUGCUGAUAUUUUUACUAAACCUCUAUCUGUUGCUCGGUUUCAAUAUCUUCAGCUCCAACUCAAUGUCCUUCCCAGUCCCUUGAGCUUGCAGGGGUAUGAUAAGUCACAGCAACCUGCAACAGACACAGAGCAAGCUACAGCAAUUGCAUCUAUAGCAUGA